UGCCUGCCAGCUCAAGUGCUACCGUUAGCUAGCUAAUAAAGGAGUAGCAAGUAAUUCUUAGUGAAGAAAUUCUGCUAUGAUCUUUCAGCAUUAUGUCAUUUUGCUGAGUAAUUCGUUCGGGAAAAUGAAUAUGCGAUUUUUCCGUGCCAACACUCCUCCUAGAAGACAAAAUUCCCCCUGCAAAGUCCGCUUUUUCACUUCGACCUCGGCAUCGUUAGCUGAACGGGUUUAGCAAGUCAGUUCGUUUUGACAAGCGAGUGGCUCAUCUGUCCACCGCCGCUGCUGCUCUCUGACGGGGGGGUUGGACAAAGCCAGUCAGAUGUUGGACGGUAAAAACAUCCUCGGAACUCAAACGUUUUUACACCGGGUUGUGAAAUUGAAUUACCAAGCAGGUCAUCUGUCGUGAAAGUGCAAGGAAUAAGGGGCGGAGUAAGUUAAGGUCUAUUUUUGGAGGGUGAGAGUUUGAUCCCGCACCGAAGGUACGGGUGAGGGGUGUACGGAGGAGGAAGAAGAGAAGGAGAGACGUAGGGGGAGAAAAUCCUGAUGCCAGUGAUGGCAAACGAGCCGAUCAUCCUAAACGUCUAUGAUAUGUACUGGAUCAAUGAGUUUACCAGCUCUCUGGGCAUUGGAGUCUUUCACUCAGGGAUUGAGAUCUAUGGAAGAGAGUUUGCCUAUGGUGGACACCCGUACCCAUUCUCAGGGAUCUUUGAGAUUACACCAGGUGACGCAACCGAACUCGGCGAGACCUUUAAGUUCAAAGAAGCCAUCGUCUUGGGCAGCACCGACUUCACAGAGGAGGAUGUGGAGCGGAUCGUGGAGGAGAUGGGGAAGGAGUACAAAGGCAACGCCUACCACCUCAUGCACAAGAACUGCAACCACUUCUCCUCAGCACUGUCAGAGAUCCUGUGUGGCAGAGAGAUCCCUCGCUGGGUCAACCGUCUGGCCUACUUCAGCUCCUGCGUGCCAUUCCUCCAGAGCUGCCUGCCCAAAGAGUGGCUGACCCCGGCCGCCUUACAGUCCAGCGUCAGCCAGGAGCUCCACGGAGGAGGAGAGCUGGAGGAGGCGGAGGAUGCCGCUGCCACGGCCUCCCUGGCAUCCAUGUCGCCCUGCUCGCCCUCAUCCUCCCCCAGCCCCUCCUCCUUGCCUCGUCAUUCCCGCCACCAGCCCCGCCGGUAGGAGCUGCGAGGCCUGCUGGGAAACUUGGGGAUGGUCUUGUGGUUACAGAGGCUGUCAGGUAACAGAAUACCUGCAGCAGCUCAUGAGUCCAGCUACAGCAAAAAGUCCUUUCAGACUGUCCUCGAGCAAGGCACUGAACUGCUACCUGCUGUCUGUGAGAAUGUCAGCCGAAUCCCUGCAAUGACCCAGAGCAGUGGAAGGGUUUUUCCUCUCCUCUAAAAAAGGCCGGACCAUCUCUCAGUGACUGCGGCUGAUGGAUUCCAAGAUCCCCUCCAAACUAUCCAAACCUCAAGUCUCUUUCAGUAUUUUACCAGCCAGCCUGCAGAACAGAAUGGAAGCAAGGCCAGUUGUUUGCCCAUUUCAGUGUUUCAUAAUUUAAGAAAAUUUACCAGUCACAUCCAGAUUUUACCAGCAGUGAGUCAGUGGGUGGUGCUAAUCCCCACCUUUUUCAGAGAUGAAGGCAGGGGGGUGCUGAAAAAGAAGCGUAGGUUUGGGUGUACUGGCACCUUUAGGGGUCACAGAUGUUUAAAAAGAUGCAAAAGAAACUAUUUCUGUCACAUAAAAUAAUUAUUAUUUCUGACUUUUUAAUGAUUUUUGCUUUUUUGUUGUAAAACACGGGGUCAUUUGAUCGUUUCAGGCUACCAGGUCUGUUACAAAAACACUUUAAAAAUGCCUGUGAAUAUUCUCAUUCAUCCAGGUGGAAAAAUCUGUGAAACAGCAACUAGCAACAUUAGCAUUGUAGCUCAGGUGCUGGGACUUCUGGAGUGGUAAAUAUUGCACUUGCUUGCCUUGUUUUUCUACUGUGAUGUGAAUACGCCUCAAGGGGUCUUUUCAUAUUGAACACCUGUACAAUCUGAGCAUUUCUCCAGAGAAUGUAGUGGACGUUAAAGCACUGCUGUAUUGAUCUCAACACUCAGCUGUGGUAGAUGCAUUCUGGUCCACAUCAAGACACAGAAUCCUGAAUCUGCAGUCUGUCGCCACCUGCAGAGAAGCAGAUGCAACAGCAACCUUUUCUAUCAUGGAACUUUUGUCUAUCGUAGUUUUAAAUUACCACUAGCCAAGCGCUGGUGUAACUUGAUCUGCGGCUGGUAAAUGUUUCCACUACAGCCAACUGUAGUUAAGAUGUCCUAAAUAUUUGGCUGGUAAAAUUUUGAAAGCAGCAGGUGGAUUUUGGAAUCUACUCACUUUGCCUCAAAAUGCUGUGUGUGAAUCAGGACCUCGGUCUUUUGUUAUUUUUCUCUCACAGCAGGCUGGAUAGACUUAAGCCAGAACCACAAUCAGCAUCACUUUCCUCAAAUGCCACAUAGACACAAAUAAACGGAUCUAGCACUGGUGUCUCAAUGGGUGAGUUUAACACACCUUGAUGGGUUCAGUUCCAGGUAACUUUUGCUUCACUAGUCCAUUUGUUUGUCUCUCUUUUUUUUUCUAUGUCAACAGUUAAUCAAACAUCUGUAGCAGCUCUUAAAAUCCUACCUGCCCACCAUGGACACACAUGACUUGAAGAAAACUGAACCCAAUAAAGCAGAUUAAAAAUGUAUCAGCCCAUAAUAAAUUUAAGUUAUUUCUUAUUUCUUUUUUUUUUUUAAAUAAAUUAAAAAUUGGGUUGCAGGACAGGCAGUGACUUAUAGGUUAGAAAAAACUUUUUGUUAUCUGAAGGUUCUGGGUUUAAAUCCCAGUAAAAGAGAGUUAAUAAUUUCUCAGUAGCAACUGCCAAGGUGCCUUUGAGCAAGGUACUUAACCCACAAGUGUUCAGUGGCCAACAGUAGAAGACUGUGGUUGUACUGGACUGCUCCCAGUUGUCACUUGCUAAACAACGGUGUGUAAUCUAUGGGAAUGUCUGAAGGAGACGGGCUCUCGAAGCAAAGAAGGGGAAUUUGAUGAAGAGUGUUUUAAAAUGGGAACUGAACUAUCAUCCACCUGCACUCCUCUGGCAGUCCGUUUCCUCACAUCUGUGUCCAGUUAGGGAUGAAGCACAUCGGUGAUAAUUUGGAGCAUCACAAACACAUUUUAAGUUUUAUUUUGAGAGAUUAUGCUUUCAUUUUCUGUGUGGAAAAAUUCACUGAAACCAUUCUGUACUGUCACCGACAAGUUCUCAAACUACGUUAUCAUUUUGACAAUGUGUAGAAUUUUACGCUUUACAAGAAGACGCUGCUUUUCCCAAACGAUGAGCACCUCACUUGAAACUACAUGCUGUCAACAACCACACAUAUGCUGCAUAAUGUGUCUUGUCCCAAACGAGAGCCAUGGAUGUGCUGAAAACAUAUUUCUCAAUCGAUUUUGCCGGUUUUGCUGGACGUCUGAGAACAACCAGGAAAACUGUCAAGAUCUUGUCUGAAAAGUCUUGUUUAUUGCUUUUGUUUCUCCUUUAAUGUAUAUCUAUGAUAUAUGGACUCUGGCCUUUUUGUCUGUUUUGUUUAUGUUUGAUAAACUCAGGACUCCAAAAGGCUUUGUAAUAUAAUCCUUUUAACUUUUUUAUCCCACAUUUUAUGUUUGCGUUAUUGUUGCUUUUUCUAAUGCAGUAGUCACUCCAUUCAGCUUUUCAAGAACGCACUGUGGCAGUGCAGUUUUAUACUCCUCUCUUUGAUUAAAAAACAAAAAAAGGCUUUGUUUACAACCUGGAUGUUUGUAUGUGAGCCUGUGCUGCUCUUUGUUUUUCCUGUCUGUGCAUGAAUGUGUGAGCGUGUGUGCACACUUGUAUUAUAAAUGGUUAUUAUCAACAAGCUGUCAACUGGGCCAAAUUUCCCUACUUCAAACACACGCGCUGACAAAGGAUCCAUGUUAACAAAUGUAGCAGUGUUUCCAAGGUGUGUGUGUGUGUGUGUGUGUGUUCGUUUUUUACCAGAUUGCCACGUCCUCAAGACAUUGGAUUUCUUUAACAAAGUAAACUUUUUGUCCUCAAGAUGAAUUCAGGAGUUUUCGGCAAAAAUUGUGAUGCGGUGGCAGAUAAUUUUGCAGAUUUCAACUUCUGCUAAAGAGAUUAUGUUCAGGACUCUCAACAACAUAGAAGCAGUGUUAAAGCAAGAGACACAAUGACAACAUUUCUCACGAAACCAGCAUAUUUAUGUGAUUUGAAGUGAAAGGUUUCAACUCGGAGUAUUAUGUCAUUCAUUUUAAAUGUUACUUUUCAGGUUUUGGUAAGACUGAAUGAGAAACAGUAAACUUUUUUGUAAUGCACAGACAUGUACUGCUCAUGUUGGCGCCCUCUGCUGACUAUUAUUUGAACCUCUACUUGUCUGCGAUUUACAAACAGGCACUGAGGUUUCCCUGAACCUUCAUAGCUUCAGAUAGUUCUCUGCUGUCAAUGUUGUUUAUGUAAUUAUGUAAUUAUUCACCAGCUAAUUUGGAUUAACCAAUAAAUGCAGCCUUCCAUUUCAAAAUGCUGAGGGAGAAAAGGUUACUUUCUGUUCAUAUAUCAACAUUUACCAUUAAAAGUACCACAAAUCAUCAUUACUGAGGCCAAAGAUAGAUCUAACUUCAUCAGUCUUCAUGCUUGUUUUGUUAAUGGCUGUUGAAUUAUCACCUCACAUGUCCAACUUUUUAAUGAAUGUCUCAUUUCGGAACAAAACCCUCAUUCUUUGAGUAACUGCAGUUAUUUCAUAAUAAAUGUCCUAUCAGAUGAGUAUUUGUGGGGCGUUUGCACCACUUGUGUGAGCUAUGAAUGUGGACUGGGAAACCUCAGCCUUUCAUACCCCACAGAAACUGACUUCAACUGUUUUACAGUGAACUUUCACAGAGCCUUCAUAAGACUGGACCAGAUUUGUACCCUGUUGUAAAGUUAUUAAA